CGGCGUGCCUGUCGGGCCAUUUGCUAACUCUUUUAACAAUUUCCUCGCCUCUUUAGCCAGGAGACAUGAUUUCUUCAACAUAUAUUUGACGUGGAAGUCGCAGCGGAUUGAUGCGCUGGUGGCUUGUUGGCGAUAUAUAUCGAUUUUUCUUUCUUGACGAUUACGCUUGUGCCUGGACUUACUGCUUCACGCAAAUCAAUCUAUCGUUCAAGAGGUGGCGGUCAGAGCUGAAGAAAAAAUAUUUUACUCAAAGAACAGAAGAUUGGGAGCGUUACUGGCAUCUUGACGAGCGCGUGGAUGGAGUUGAUUUUUUUGCACUUUGCGAUUAUUGGGACACGGCCGAAGCUCAGGAACAAGCUGAAAUAGCAAGGAGGAACCGCAAUGCGCCCCGCAGUUACGAGCAUCACGGGGGCUCCAGGUCCUUCAGCCAGCAUUAUCAUCAAUUGGCGCUUGAGGGAAGGGGAGAACUCGGGCAUUUUGCAGAUCGUAUUCUGACUGGUUGGAGUCCAAAUUACGCCGAUGAAGUGAAGAAAGCGCAGAACCGGGAUCUGGCUGAGAAAUUACAUGCUAAGGUGCAGGAGCAAUUAUCACAGACUCAGGUCGAUUCUAACACUCCGACCCGAUUAAGUAGAGAGGAGGAGGAUAGCAUCAUCGAGACGGUCAUUGGACCGAGUAGGAAGAACAGAUACAGGUGGAGAGGAUCCGAGCAUCGGCCGUACGAGUCCAGUAGCACCUACGAGUCUGCAGCUCCACCAGGAUGCAGUUCUUCUCAAGACCCGACUAUGGAGCAGCGGAUGAAAGCGAUGGAAGAUUGGCAGUCGCGUCGGGAGUCGGAGCUACUCCAGAUGGCGGAGGAAGAACGGAGGCGUCGGGAGCAGAGGGAGCUGGAAUUCACCCAGUUUAUAUCGACUCUACCUUCUGAUGCUCAGGAGGCAUAUAGGAGACGGUUUUUGGCGGAUCAGGCCGGGACUUCUAGACAAGGUGGAGCUGGUGAUGAGGAUGAUGAUCAAGAGGACUGAUUUGUUUUUUUACCUUUGAAAACAAUGAAUGAGUGUGUUGUAUAAACAAUACUUAUCAUGGUGUGUACUGUAUAAACAACGCUUACUAUGUUGGGAUAUUUUAAUUAAAUUAUGUGUUAUAUAUGCGUGAGAAUGAAUAUUAUACUGCUGAUUGAACAGGAUU